AUGUCCUCUCAAUCAAACCACAUAGAAGGUUCGGAUGCGAAUAAGCAGAAAGUCUCUCAACCUGUUAAAAGUAAGAAAGAGGAUUGCGCCGCUGGUACAUCUCGUACCGACGCCACCUACGCAUGCUCCGACGCGACCGGAGACGUUGACGAGUUCUACACUCACCAAGCCGAUACAAACGACAAGAAGACUCGCAUCUACGAGCCCGUUCGCAAAGACUAUGGAGGAAAGGCCAUUGGCUUUGCUGGUAUCGGGUCGCAGUUUGACGAUAAGUGA